AUGGGCCGACGAUCUCGCUCACGCUCGCCUCGACGGCGCGACGACUAUGACGACUAUGACGACUACCGCGGCGGGGGAAGUUCAAAGUCGAAACGGCAUGACGAGGACGACCGUGACUCGGAUUAUCGAAGGAAACGGCGGCGCAGUACUCGCAGUCGGUCGCCUGACAGGGAUCGGUACAGGAGCAAGAGUCGUAGUAGGAGCAGAGAGCGGGAAAAGAGGAGCAAGCGGGAUAAAGACAGAAGUCGGAGCAGGGAGAGGAAGGAUAAGAAGCGCAAACGCGACCGAGAAACGUCUGAAGAGCGUAGAGCUCGCAAGGCAGAAAAGAAACGCAUUCGCGAGGAAGAGGAGAAGCGUCAAGUAGCAGAACUGAGCGUCUACAGUGCGACGGACAAUCCAUUCCACGACGUCAACCUGGGACAGCAAUUCCACUGGCACAAGAAGGUUGAGAAGGAGCGCAAGCAAGGGCUUACUUACGCGGAAGCCCAGCGAAAAGAUGCUAUUCGUCGCCAGGAGGCCAAGGAAGAAUUGGAGAGGUUGAACAGGCGCAGAAAGGAAAGGGAGAUGGAGAUGAAGUUGAGGGAAGAAGAAGAGUUGAGGAUGCAGCGGUUGCAGGAGUCGGCGCAGAUGUCAGAAUGGCUUUCCAAGGACGGCGAGUUCCAGUUGGAGCAGGAGAGGAGGAGAGCUGCUAUCAGAAUCAAGGAGAAGAGGGCAAAAGCAGUCGAUUUCCUGGCUCUCAAUUUGAAGUAUGUCAACCCUCCAACAGAAAAUGACGACCUUCAACAUGAUGAAGACGAUGCCGGCUUGGAGAUUGAUCUGGACGAACCAUAUAACAUCUUCACGAACUUGUCCAAGGACCAAGUGUUUGAAUUGCAUGACGACAUUGAACACUACCUCGCACUCGAGUCCAACGAGACAAACGUCGAUUUCUGGACUAACAUGAUGGUCGUUUGCAAAGACCACCUCGACAAGCUGCAGCAAGAAAGGCGUAUGGGCAUUGAAGCAGCAGCGGCGGUCGAAGAGGACAUCACUCGUCUCUUGAUUGGGAAGAGUUACGAACAACUGUCGUCAUUGCAGAGACAGGUCCAAGCUAAACUAACAAGUGGAGAGCCCAUCGACACCGACUACUGGGAGGCGCUCUUGAAGAAACUCUUGGUAUGGAAGUCCAAGGCUAGGUUAAAAUCCCUCCAUGAAGUAGUGGUCCGGAACAGGUUGGAGCAGCUCCGUAAACGCCAACGAGACGAAGCGCUGCAAGCUCAAGAAGAGCUUCUCGCUGGCGUUGCUCGUUCUGCCAAGAGAGCAACUGCAGACAAGCCUUUGGAAGUCGGCGGCGCUCACGAGGACGUGGUUCCCGCUGAAGAGGUGGAACCAUAUGACCGUUCCAUGAGCCCUGCUCCCAUUAACAUCUCGCGCCUUCCAACUGAAGAGAGACACAUUCCUAUCAUCUCCGCGAAAGAGGAUCUGCGUGAAAUUCUCAAAUUGCGACGCCAAGUUGCUGCUUCACGAUUCGUGCCUAAAGCACGACAGGAAGCCGUUGCGGAACCUGUCGUCGAAGAUACGUCCACCAAUGCCGAUCUCGCUUCUGAAGCUUUGUACCGGGCUGAAGCAGAGAGGGACUUGGAAGAAGAGGAGGAACUGUUUAAUCUGGAGGAAGACUUGCCCAAUCCCACCUCGUACAACUGGGAAGACAAGUAUAGGCCUCGUAAGCCAAGGUACUUCAACAGGGUCCAUACCGGUUAUGAAUGGAACAAGUACAACCAGACCCACUACGACACCGACAACCCGCCACCAAAGGUCGUCCAAGGAUACAAGUUCAACAUCUUUUAUCCCGACCUCAUCGACAAAUCCAAAGCACCGACUUACAAGAUCGUCAAAGAACCUGGCAACGACGAGACUGUCAUCCUUCAAUUCAGCGCAGGACCUCCAUACGAAGACAUUGCUUUCCGAAUUGUCAAUAGGGAAUGGGAGUUUUCACACAAGCGCGGUUUCCGGAGCAGCUUUGACCGUGGCUGCCUAUCCCUUUGGUUUAACUUUAGGAGAAACUUCUAUAGGAAGUAG